UACAAACAUUGCGAAUUUUGGUUCUAAAUAUGAAAAAGAUGCUCAUUACAAAGCUGGAGCCAAAGAAGCAGCAUGGUCAAAUAAAGAAUUUAAUAUUGGAAAAGUAGCUGGACUUUGGAUAUGGCGUAUUGAAAAAUUUCAGGUAGUACCUUGGCCUAAAGAAAGAUACGGACAAUUUUAUUCUGGUGAUAGUUAUAUUGUACUUCAUUCUUAUAAGAAAAACAAAGAUACAGAAGCCUUAGCACAUGAUAUUCAUUUUUGGCUUGGCUUGGAUAGUUCCCAGGAUGAAGUUGGAACUGCUGCUUAUAAAACUGUUGAAUUGGAUGACUUUCUUGGAACUUCACCUGUUCAACAUCGUGAGGUUCAAGGAAGUGAAUCUGAUUUAUUUAUCUCUUACUUUCGUCAUUUCCAUGUUGAAGAUGGUGGUACUGAGAGUGGUUUUAAUUCAGUUAAACCUGAAGAGUAUCGAUCACGUUUACUAAAAAUUAAAAAAAUUAAAAACACUGUUAUUAUUCGAGAAGUACCAAAAGAUCCUUCAUCAUUGAAUUCUGGUGAUGUAUUUAUUAUGGAUAAUGGUUUAGCAAUCUAUCAACUUAAUGGUAAAAAGUCACAUGGUGUCGAAAAAGUCAAAGCAGCAGAAUUUGUUAGAGCUUUGGAAGGAGAAAGAAAAGGUUUACCAAAAAUAUUGGUUAUUGAUGAAGGUGAUAGAGAAAUGCAUAAAUUUUGGGAUGCACUUGGAAGUAAAGGAGAGAUCAAACCUGCUGAAGCAGAUACUGGGGCAGAUAUUGAAAAAUUUGAAAAGAAACUUUUCAGUGAUGCUUCUGGUGAAGUAACUUUUGCUCAAGAAGCUAGUGGAAAAGUGACAAAAUCACAUUUUGAUACAAAUGAUGUUUUUGUUUUUGAUGCAGGACAUGAUGUAUUUGUAUGGAUUGGAUUAAAUUCUACUAUUAAAGAGAAAAGAUAUGGAUUACAACAUGCACAGGAUUACAUUUCAAAAUACAAUCGUCCACCUUUUACCCCUAUCACAAAAAUUAUGGAAGGUGGUGAGAAUGAAGUUUUUGAAAAUAGUUUAGAUGUUUAA